AUGGCUGCACUGCUCUUUCUAGCCCUUCUUUCAUCUCUCUCCUUCCACCUUUGCUCUUGUGCUUCUGCUUCCCCAUGGCAUACCAUGACCACCGGCUCAUAUAUGAGACCAGAAGACCAUGACAGAAUCUUUCUCCUCUCACCAGACACCACCUUCUCCUGCGGCUUCCAUCCAGUUGGGACAAAUGCUUUCACCUUCUCGAUCUGGUACACCACCGUGAAAACGGUUGUCUGGACGGCGAAUCCCUAUUCCGCGGCGAAUGGCUACUAUUCCCCGGUGAACCUUCACGGCUCCAGAAUAUCGCUGAACCAGGAUGGCAACCUGGUCCUGGCAGAUACCAAUGGCUCCAUGGUAUGGGAAAGCAAGACGUCUUCAGGCAAGCACACAAUUGUUUCCCUCCUCGACACUGGCAACCUUGUAAUCAAUGAUUCUAGCAAUAAAAUCGUAUGGCAGAGCUUUGAUUCACCAACAGACACCUUGCUCCCUUGGCAGAAACUCAAGAAAGACAUAAGGUUAGUCUCUGGUUACCAUCACCUCUAUUUUGACAACGACAAUGUCUUGCGCCUGUUGUAUGAUGGCCCAGAUAUUACAAGCAUCUACUGGCCAAGUCCAGAUUAUGAUGCACAAAAAAAUGGACGCAAUAGAUAUAACAGCACCAGGGUCGCAUUUCUGGACGACAAGGGUAAUUUUGUGUCAAGUGAUGGGUUUAAAAUAGUGGCUUCAGAUUCAGGCCCUGGGAUCAAGAGGAGGAUUACAAUUGAUCAUGAUGGCAAUUUUAGAAUGUACAGCUUGGACGCGUCAGCAAGGAAAUGGGUGGUUACAGGGCAGGCUGUAAUACAGAUGUGCUAUGUGCACGGAUUAUGCGGCAAGAAUGGGCUUUGUGACUACUCAGAAGGCCUUAAAUGUAGAUGCCCUCCAGAAUAUGUGAUGGUUGAUCCAACAGACUGGAACAAGGGAUGCAAACCGACAUUCACAAUUGGUAGCAAUCAACCACAUGAGAACUUUACAUUUGUUAAGCAACCUCAUGCAGACUUCUAUGGCUUUGAUCUGGGCUCUAAUCAAUCCAUCUCAUUUGAAGCAUGUUGGGACAUUUGCCUCAACAGCAGCUCAUGUAUAUCUUUCACAUACAAGGGUGGGGAUGGUUGGUGUUAUACUAAAAACAUACUCUACAACAGUCAGGUGUACCCGUACUUCCCAGGAGACAACUACAUGAAAGUACCAAAGAGUUUCAAUGGUUCAGCAUCCUCAAUCUCCAAACAAGAAAGCCUAACCUGCAGACCCAGUGGUUCAGAGAUUAUGAUAGGAUCAGCAAACAUGUAUGGAAUAAAGAAGGACAACAUAAAGUGGAUAUACUUGUAUGUCUUUGGUGCAAUACUGGGAUUUCUAGAGUUGCUUGUUAUUGUGACAGGAUGGUGUCUUUUUUUCAGAAAGAGUAACAUGCCCAAAUCAAUGGAGGAUGGAUACAAGAUGAUAACAAACCAGUUCAGGCGGUUUACAUACAGAGAAUUGAGGGAAGCAACUGGAAAGUUCAAAGAAGAGAUUGGGAGAGGGGGUGCUGGAAUUGUUUACAGAGGAGUACUUGAAGAUAAGAAAAUAGUUGCAGUAAAGAAACUUACAAAUGUCCAACAGGGAGAAGAGGAAUUCUGGGCAGAAGUGACUCUAAUUGGAAGGAUUAAUCACAUAAAUUUGGUCAGGAUGAUGGGAUUCUGCUCAGAAGGGAAAAACAGAUUAUUAGUAUACGAGUAUGUGGAGAAUGAGUCACUGGACAAGUACCUCUUUGGUGAGAGAAGUACUGAAAGUCUGAUCGGUUGGAACCAAAGGUACAAGAUUGCCGUGGGUGCAGCAAGGGGUCUUGCUUAUCUACAUCAUGAAUGCCUCGAGUGGAUCGUCCAUUGUGACGUGAAGCCAGAAAACAUACUCCUAACUCGAGAUUUCGAUGCCAAAAUAGCAGACUUCGGACUAGCCAAGCUUGCGAAGCGAGACAGCGCUAGCUUCAAUUUCACCCAUAUGAGGGGCACAAUGGGCUACAUGGCACCAGAAUGGGCAUUGAAUACGCCGAUCAAUGCGAAGGUCGAUGUUUACAGCUACGGAGUUGUGCUUCUGGAGAUUGUGACUGGAGCUAGGGUUUCAAGUGGCAUAAUGGUCGACGGAAGACAAGUGGAGUUUCCAGACUUCAUCCAGGAGGCCAAACAGAUUCUGGCUACCGAGAGGAUCACUGAUCUAGUGGAUGCCAGAUUGAAGGGGAAUUUCGAUCUAGAGCAGGCAACUGCAAUAGUGAGAAUAGCUGUUGCAUGCCUUGGAGGUAGAUGCGAGAGGCCGACGAUGGACGAGAUUCUGAAGGCUCUCAUGUCAUAUGAUGAUGAAGACGACCAUCCUGCCUAUUCGUAUUGA